AUGCCAUUUUUGGGCCAAGACUGGAGAUCCCCUGGAUGGAGAUGGGUUAAAACAGAAGAUGGAUGGAAACGAUGUGAACCCUUCACUCCUGCAGUUGGGGAUGGGAAUAAUCAGCUGAAUGAUAUCAGUCAUACUGUCAUCUUAACUGGUGAUGAUGAAGAUGAAGAGAUAUACAGUACUGAAGAUUGUGAGUUUGCAGCCAAGAAAAGGAAAAAAGAUCAUUUUAGGAAUAACACAGAUUCACAAUGUUUUUAUCGAGAAAAGUGGAUUUAUGUUCAUAAAGAAAGCACCAGGGAAAGACAUGGCUAUUGCACUUUGGGAGAAGCUUUUAACCGCUUAGACUUUUCAAGUGCAAUUCAAGACAUCAGAAGGUUCAAUUAUGUGGUCAAACUUUUGCAGUUAAUUGCAAAAUCCCAGUUAACUUCACUGAGUGGUGCAGCACAGAAGAACUACUUUAACAUUUUGGACAAAAUUGUGCGGAAGGUCAUGGAAGACCAGUAUAACCCACGAUUAAUCAAAGAUCUUCUACAGGAUCUGAGUUCUACUCUCUGUAUACUGAUUAGGGGAGUAGGAAAAUCUGUGUUGGUAGGGAACAUCAAUAUUUGGAUUUGCCGAUUAGAAACUAUACUUCUGUGGCAACAACAGCUAAAAAACCUUCAGAUGAACAAGCAUGUCAACAACGGUCUUACGCUUAGUGAUCUCCCUCUGCAUAUGCUGAAUAACAUCUUAUACAGGUUCUCUGAUGGCUGGGACAUUAUUACUCUGGGUCAAGUGACCCCAACUUUGUACAUGCUCAGUGAAGACAGACAGUUGUGGAAGAAACUCUGCCAGUAUCACUUUGCAGAAAAGCAGUUUUGUAGGCAUUUGAUUCCAUCAGAGAAAGGUCACAUUGACUGGAAGCUGAUGUACUUUGCACUUCAGAAAUAUUAUCCAAUAAAGGAACAGUAUGGGGACACCUUGCAUUUCUGUCGACACUGUAGUAUUCUGUUUUGGAAGGAUACAGGACACCCCUGCACAGCCAGUGAUCCAAACACCUGUCUCAUGCCAGUAUCUCCUCAGCAUUUCAUUGAUCUCUUCAAAUUUUGAGAUGUUCAGUAGCUGUUCUCCUGUGUUUGUGGCCAUUUUUGUGAAGAGUCAGGCAGGAUAUGUUAUGCUUUUUGUGCAAUAUAUUUAAGUGUAAUGUUUUGUUGUAGUUUAAAAAAAAUAUGGGGGAGAUUAUC